AUGAGUUCGAGAAGUAGCGCUUCUGAAUCAGAGGCAACCCCACGGAGAGAUUCUUUCGAAAGUGGAUCUUCAAGGAGAGUUGAGACUUCGUUGUCUCCUGCAAGUUCACGAUCAUCUGUGGUCUCUCGAACUCCAUCUCCAUGUCCAUCUCCAAGGCCGGUUGCUGGAAACUCUUCUUUACUCUCUACCACCGGCGGGACCAGUUCGGGCAACCAAACACCCUCUCAGUUGUUGACUCAACUUCGAGAGUUGGUUGAAAGUGAACUCAAAUGUGCUAUUUGUCAACAGUUGAUCCAUCACGCUGUUAAUAUCAAUUGUUCACACACCUUUUGUAGCGGAUGUUUUACCCAAUGGAGAAAUCAUAAUGGGCAGUGUCCCGUUUGUCGCGAAAAUUAUUCUAACCGGUCAAGAGUUUUACUGGUCGACAAUUUGAUAGAUCGAUAUUGUCAAUUGUUUAAUAUUAAAAGAGAGCGACGGUCACCGAAUACAAGCCCAGCAAUGAGUACAGCAAGUUCAGCGGAAACUAAUGAAUCUUGGGGAUCCGCUGUCAUUUGGCCUGAUUCACUUACUCGGACUGUUGCGGCUCCUAGUGUUAGGAAUACUGGUAUGAAUACAUCACCCAUUUCAUCUUCUCGUGCUAGUGUUGUUUCAAGUAAUUCUGGUUCUCAGGCGAUUAGUCGUCAAUCAGUUAGUUCGAGAAGUGAUAACAUGUCAGCAUCUCCGGUGAGACAUGAUAUUGUUCAAAGAGCUCGUAGACUUUCAGGUCCUCGUCUACGACAAAAUCAAACUCAAACUCUAACUCAAUCUCGACCAAGAGGUAGAGGUAGAGGUCAAUCAAGAGGCCAAAGGAGAGGUGCAAGAAGAGCUAGAGCUGGACUGAGAGGAAGACGUGGUGUCUCAUUAGAAUUGCAACAGUUGAACGAUCCAAGAUUUCGACCACGGCCAAGACCACGAAGACAACAACAACGAGCCCAGAAUUUGUCGAGCCAAGAACGAUCUUCAUCUGAUGAAAUUUCAUCGCCGUUCAUUAGUUCAACUGUUAGCAGAGCUCAAAGAGGAAAUCAGUCCAGAGAUGAACAUGACUCCAGCGAUGAUUCCAGCGAUUAA